AUGGCCACUCAAACACCCUCUUCAUCUACUAAUUUCGAGGAUACUAAGAAAAGAAAAAGAGACAAUUCAUCUUGUUCGGAAGAAGAUGAAAAAAUCAUAACCUCUUCCUCACCUUCUUCCUUGAUGCCUCCAUGGAAACAUGAUGUUUUCCUUAGUUUCUAUGGCAAAGACACUCGCAAUAAUUUUAUGGAUCAUCUAUUUGUUGAUUUAAAACGAAAAGGUAUUCUCGUCUUUAGUGAUGACGAAACACUCAACCGAGGAAAAUGCAUUUCUCAAGAGCUUAUGCAAGCAAUUCAAGAAUCCAAAUAUGCCAUCGUCAUUUUUUCGACAAAUUAUACUUCGUCCAAAUGGUGCCUCAUGGAACUUGCCGAGAUUGUUGAAUGGGAGAAAAAAACGAAUCUCACAAUUAUUCCUAUUUUCUACCAUGUGGAUCCUUCAGACGUAAGAAAUCUAAGAGGGACUUUUGCAGAAGCUUUCACUGCACACGAAAAAGAUCCCAAGGUAGACAUCAAAGAAAUUGAUACAUGGAGAAAUGCUUGCAGAAAAGUCAGUAAUAUUGCCGGAGAGCACAUACUUGAGGACAGGUACGAGUCAACAAUUAUACAAAAAAUCAGUGGAAUAAUAUUCUACAAUUAUACAAUGCUAAAUAUCCUAAUUCAUGAUGAUGACCGGAAACUUGUUGGAAUAAACUCCCGUGUAGAGGAAAUGAUGAAGAAAUUGCAUAUGGAAUCAAAUGAUGUUCGCUUCUUAGGAAUUCAUGGGAUGGGUGGCGUUGGUAAAACAACGCUGGCCGAAAUAAUUUAUUAUAGAGCUUCUAUUCAAUUUGAAGGAAGCACCUUUAUUUCUUGUAUUAGAGAAGAUUCUAGAACUUGUGGUCUAGCUUCUUUACAAAAACAACUUCUUUCUAUGAUCAUGCAAGAAGAAAUACGUAUAUGGGAUCAUCACCAGGGAAUCAUGGUGAUAAGGACCAGGUUGCAGAAUAAAAAGGUUCUUAUCAUCCUCGAUGAUGUGGAUAGUUUAAAGCAACUAAUGGCAUUAGUAGGGAAUCAGAAAUGGUUUGGUCCAGGGAGUAGGGUGAUUAUAACAUGCAGAGAUAGUCAUCUAUUGAUAACACACGGAGUGAAUGAUAUCUAUAAGGUUGAGUUGCUUCAAACCACCGAUGCUUUGCAGCUCUUUAGUUUGUCAGCCUUCAAGCAAACCCAUCCUAUAGAGAAUUACAAGGAAAUAUCUAUGGAUUUUGUGAAUUAUACUCAAGGCCUUCCUUUAGCUCUUAAAGUUUUGGGUUCCUUCUUGUUUGGGAGAACAAUAGAUGCAUGGAAAAGUGCUAGGGAUCAACUAGAAGCAAUUCCUAAUAAAGAAGUUAUGGAUAUACUUCAAAUAAGUUUUGAUGGGUUGGAGGAAUCGCAACAAAAAUUAUUUUUGGAUGUGGCAUGUUUUCCUCAAGCAAGUUUGCAACUAAGGGACUCUUUUAAGGAAAUAUAUCCAGCCAUCGACAUUGAGGUUCUCGUCGACAAGUCCCUCAUUAACAAAUCAGAAUAUGGAAGGUUGUCCAUGUAUGAUUUGCUAAAAAAAAUGGGUCAGGAAAUAGUUCGCCGCGAGUGUCCUAAAGAACCUGGACGACGUAGUAGACUAUUUCGUGUGGAGGAUGUCUAUCACAUGCUGAAGAAUGAUACUGUUUUAAACAAUUUGAAGUACUUAGAUCUAAGUGAUUCUGAGAACUUGAUCGAAACUCCAAAUUUGACAGAAGCCCCAAAUCUUGAGAAAAUAUACCUUGCAGGUUGUGAAAGCUUGUGUGAGGUCCACCCAUCCAUCGGACUUCUCAAACGACUAAAACAUUUGAGUUUAAAUGAAUGUCUUACAAGACUACUAAUUCUAGACAAGUUCUGCUUACCUUCAUCGUUUAUGAGUUUCUCUGGCCUUCGCAAGUUAGAGUUAAGAGAUUGCAAAAACAUUUCAAUUUUUCCAAGUGUUAUUUGUAGUUUGUUAUCUCUUGAAAUUCUCCGUUUGUAUGGUUGGUCAAUGCUAGAGAAAUUUCCAGAUCUGAGUAGGCUGGAAUGCUUGAAGGAACUUCGGGCAUACGAAACUGCUAUAACACAAAUACCAUCUGCCAGUCUAAUCCCCAAGAGCAUCCGUUCCUUUAAUCUUGAAGGACACAAGAGGUUGCCAUGUGAAUCAAAAGAUUUGGCCAUGUUCAUUAAUGACUACUCUCUAACGAAACAAAGCUCAUAUCCCACCUAUGAUAUCGGAUCACCUGUAGAAUAUGAGAUGGAAGAAAUAUUUGAGGUAGAAGCACUGCAAAUUCAAUUUUACGAUAUGCUUGAGGUGAUGAUUAUACAUGGGUGGUCAUUUGGAUCUAGAAUCCCGGAGUGGGUCCAAAAUAAAAGUAAUGGCUCCUCUGUAAGGUUAGAGUUGGACGGUGAUUUGAAGGGGAUGGGAUGUGCUAUCUUUAUUGUUUGUGAUUGUCAUCAAUUCAAUUCCCCUGAAGGUACUUCAAUUUCUUCGUUAUUCAAGGUACUUACAUUUGUGGGGUUUAAAUUUUGUUUGGAUGACGGUACUCUAGAAGAUGAAUUUUACAAAUUUGUGUUUCCACCUUCCAUGGACAUCUAUUUCGAUAAGCCAAUUGUAUUCUGGGCGUAUAAACGGACUAUGCGAUUUUUUGAAUGCUGGAAGUCGAAUAAUUUGGAUAAACAGAAUUGCAUUAAGAUUUCAAUUACAGUAGAAAUAUUGGAUUAUGACUCCAAUCAAACUCCAGUGGAAUUAGAAGUGAAAGAAUGGGGGAUGCAUUUAGUAUGUCCUGAUGAUGCUGGUCUUGGUUUGGGAUCAGCUUUAGAUUCCUAUGGUCAAUUUUAUUCAGCAUGGAAAUGUGGCAUGCAUGACAAGAAAUGA